CGAAGUGUACGAGUUGGCAAAACUGAGAAGUGAACUUUAGAAAAUAAGGAACUUCUCGUGUCGCUGUAUAUUCCCGUUGGAGUCUUGGCGACAGGAAUGUGUGGAAUAGUCCGCUGAAAUGAAUAAUUGACCCGAAAAGAAGUUUUAGUCGCGAUAUUUUUAUAUAUUUGUCUUUUUUGAAUUUCUAUCGUCCUAUCGCAGAGAAAGAAAAUGGCGUAUACAGGCGAUUCUAAUGCUCCUUUGAAGAUUGUUACCAAAGUACAGUUUGGUAUAUUAGGACCAGAUGAAAUAAGACGGAUGUCUGUUACAGAAGGUGGAAUCAAAUAUUCAGAAACAACAGAAGGUGGUCGACCUAAAUUAUGUGGAUUGAUGGACCCAAGACAAGGUGUCAUAGAUCGACAAUCAAGAUGUCAGACCUGUGCCGGAAACAUGACAGAAUGUCCAGGCCAUUUUGGCCACAUAGAAUUAGCCAAACCUGUGUACCAUGUAGCUUUCAUGACAAAAAUUAUGAAGAUCCUGAGAUGUGUUUGUUUUUAUUGUUCAAAAAUAUUAGCAGACACAUCAAGUCCCAAAAUCAGAGAUAUUUUGUCAAAGUCAAAAGGUUAUCCUAGAAAGAGAUUAGCUCAUGUUUAUGAUUUAUGUAAAGUAAGAAAGAUUUGUGAGGGUGGUGAUGAAAUGGAGAAAGCUGGCCAAGAGGAAGAAAAUGGAGAACCUAAAAAGAGUCAUGGUGGUUGUGGUAGAUGGCAACCUAAGAUAAAGAAAGCAGCACUAGAUUUAAUAGCAGAAUGGAAGAAUGUAAAUGAAGAAUCCCAAGAGAAAAAAAUUACAUUGUCCGCAGAGCGAGUACUAGAAAUAUUUAAACGCAUCUCCGAUGAGGAGUGUCUCAUACUUGGUUUAGAUCCUCGCUUUUCUAGACCUGACUGGAUGAUACUGACCGUAUUUCCUGUCCCUCCAUUGGCCGUAAGACCAGCUGUUGUCAUGUUUGGAUCAGCAAGAAAUCAGGAUGAUUUGACCCACAAACUGGCAGAUAUAAUCAAAGCUAAUAAUCAACUGAACAGAAAUGAACAGAAUGGUGCAGCUGCUCACAUUAUAUUAGAAGAUACAAAGAUGUUACAGUUUCAUUGUGCUACAUUUGUUGAUAAUGAUAUGCCAGGUUUACCCAAGGCUGUUCAAAAAUCAGGUCGUCCACUUAAAUCAAUCAAACAGAGAUUAAAGGGUAAAGAAGGUCGUGUUCGUGGUAAUUUGAUGGGAAAACGUGUUGAUUUCUCUGGUAGAACUGUCAUCACACCUGAUCCUAAUUUACGUAUUGAUCAAGUCGGGGUACCUAAAAGUAUUGCACAGAAUCUCACAUUCCCAGAACUGGUUACACCUUUCAACAUUGAUUUAAUGCAGCAGUUGGUAAAUAGAGGAGCCAAUCAAUAUCCAGGUGCUAAGUAUAUUAUACGAGAUAAUGGUGAAAGAAUAGAUUUACGAUAUCAUCCUAAAGCCAGUGAUCUUCAUUUACAGAUUGGUUAUAAGGUUGAAAGACAUAUGCAGGAUAAUGAUGUUAUUGUGUUCAACCGACAGCCAACACUACAUAAAAUGUCUAUGAUGUGUCAUAAAGUUAAAGUUUUGUCCUGGUCUACGUUUAGAAUGAACUUGAGUGUAACAUCUCCAUACAAUGCUGAUUUUGAUGGUGAUGAAAUGAAUCUACAUUUAGCUCAGUCUUUGGAAACUAAAGCUGAGAUUUUAAAUCUAGCUGCUGUACCUCGGAUGAUUAUUACACCCCAGUCUAACAGACCAGUCAUGGGUAUUGUACAAGAUACAUUGACAGCUGUUAGAAAAAUGACAAAAAGAGAUGUAUUUUUAGACAGGGCUGAGAUGAUGAAACUGGUCAUGUUUUUACCUAUAUGGGAUGGAAGAAUGCCACAACCUGCCAUUUUAAAACCAUCACCAUUAUGGACAGGAAAACAAUUGUUCUCUCUAAUUAUACCUGGUCGUGUAAAUUGUAUCCGUACACACAGUACUCAUCCUGAUGAUGAAGAUAGUGGACCGUAUAAAUGGAUUUCACCUGGAGAUACAAAGGUAUUAAUAGAAGAUGGUGAACUUAUAAGUGGUAUUUUAUGUAAAAAGACACUGGGAACCUCAUCUGGUUCUUUGGCUCAUAUUGUAUUUAUGGAACUGGGUUUUGAGAUUGCUGGAGAACUUUAUGGUAAUAUUCAAACAGUUAUUAAUAACUGGUUACUGAUAGAAGGCCAUAGUAUUGGUAUUGGUGAUACCAUUGCUGAUCCACAGACCUAUAUUGAUAUCCAGGAUGCUAUUAGAAAAGCUAAGGCUGAGGUGAUAGAUGUUAUUGAGAAAGCUCAUAAUGAUGAUUUAGAACCAUCUCCUGGUAAUACUCUACGACAAACAUUUGAAAAUCAAGUCAACAGAAUUCUGAACGAUGCUCGAGACAAGACAGGAGGAAAAGCUCAGAAGUCCUUGUCUGAAUUUAACAACUUCAAAGCUAUGGUAGUAGCUGGAUCCAAAGGAUCUAAAAUUAAUAUCUCACAGGUUAUUGCUUGUGUAGGUCAACAGAACGUUGAGGGUAAACGUAUACCAUUUGGUUUUAAAUAUCGUACCUUACCCCAUUUCAUUAAAGAUGAUUAUGGUCCAGAAUCCAGAGGAUUUGUCGAAAAUUCCUAUCUAGCCGGUUUGACACCAUCUGAGUUCUUCUUUCACGGUAUGGGAGGUAGAGAAGGUCUGAUUGAUACAGCUGUAAAAACUGCUGAAACUGGUUAUAUUCAAAGACGUUUGAUUAAAGCUAUGGAAAGUGUGAUGGUUAAAUACGAUGGUACUGUACGUAAUCAAGUAGAACACAUGGCACAGUUAUUGUAUGGUGAAGACGGUCUAGAUGGUGUUCAUGUAGAAUUCCAGAACAUGACUACACUUAAACCAUCAGAUGCUGCUUUUGAAAAAAGAUUUCAUUUUGAUCCAACAAAUGAAAGAUCUUUACGUCAAAGUUUAGCAGAGGUGAUUGUUAAAGAUCUUGUCAGUGAUUCAGCAUCUUUAGCAGAGAUCGAAAGAGAAUGGGAACAGCUAAGAGAAGAUAGAAAUGCCUUACGACAGAUUUUCCCUACUGGUGAUAGUAAAAUUGUCUUGCCAUGUAAUUUAGAAAGAAUGAUCUGGAAUGCUCAAAAGAUCUUCAGAAUUGAUAAAAGAAAACAAACUGAUCUAUCUCCUGUCAAGGUUAUAGAAGGUGUACGUGAUUUAUGUAAUAGAUUAAAUGUUGUAGCUGGUAGCGAUAGAUUGUCAAUACAAGCCAAUGCCAAUGCUACAAUUCUCAUGAAGAUUCUUAUCAGAUCUACCCUGUGUUGUAAACGUGUUUCUGAAGAAUUCAGAUUGUCCACUGAAGCUUUUGAGUGGCUAAUUGGUGAAAUUGAAGCUAAAUUUCAGCAAGCCCAGGUACAUCCUGGUGAGAUGGUGGGUGCUUUAGGAGCUCAGUCCCUGGGUGAACCUGCCACACAGAUGACAUUGAACACUUUCCAUUAUGCUGGUGUGUCUGCUAAAAAUGUAACCCUUGGUGUACCCAGAUUGAAAGAGGUCAUCAAUGUGUCCAAAAAGCCAAAGACACCAUCACUUACAGUAUAUCUUGUUGGUCAGGCAGCUCGAGAUGCUGAGAAAGCUAAGGAUGUAUUAUGUCGUUUGGAACAUACAACGUUACGUAAAGUAACUGCUAAUACUGCUAUAUAUUAUGACUCAGAUCCUAUGAACACAGUUAUAGCUGAAGACCAGGAAUGGGUCAGUGUUUAUUAUGAAAUGCCAGAUUUUGAUGCAUCAAGAAUUUCAGGAUGGUUAUUACGUAUUGAAUUGGACAGAAAACGUAUGACAGAUAAAAAACUGACCAUGGAACAGAUCUCAGAAAAAAUUACAGCUGGUUUUGGUGAUGACUUGAAUUGUAUAUUCAAUGAUGAUAAUGCUGAAAAGUUGGUAUUGAGAAUACGAAUUAUGAAUUCAGAUGAAAGCAAAUUCCAAGAGGAAGAAGAUGUAGUAGAUAAGAUGGAAGAUGAUGUAUUUUUACGAUGUAUUGAAGCUAAUUUAUUAUCAGACAUGUCUUUACAAGGAAUAGAAGCCAUCUGCAAGGUUUACAUGCAUCUGCCAUCAACUGAUGAUAAGAAGAGAAUACAGAUAACAGAGAAAGGUGAAUUUAAAGCUAUAGCUGAAUGGAUAUUAGAAACUGAUGGUACAGCUUUAAAUAAAGUAUUAAGUGAAAGAGAUGUCGAUCCUGUUAGAACCUACUCUAAUGAUAUCGUAGAAGUCUUUGGAUCCUUAGGUAUAGAAGCUGUACGUAAAGCUAUUGAAAGAGAAAUGAACCAUGUUAUCUCUUUUGAUGGUUCUUAUGUUAACUACCGACAUUUGGCUUUGUUGUGUGAUGUUAUGACGGCUAAAGGUCAUUUAAUGGCUAUCACUCGUCACGGUAUUAACAGACAGGAAACUGGUGCCUUGGCUCGAUGUUCUUUUGAAGAAACGGUUGAUAUUUUGAUGGAAGCUGCUGUACACAGCGAAUUUGAUCCUAUGAAAGGUGUAUCAGAGAAUAUUAUGUUGGGUCAGUUAGCUAAGAUUGGUACUGGUUGUUUUGAACUUCUAUUAGAUGCUGAGAAAUGUAAACAUGGUAUGGAGAUUCCAUCAAAUAUUGAUCAAGGCAUGGGAUUAGGAGGUGCUGGAACAGGAAUAUAUUUUGGUGGUGGUAUUGGUAGUCCUACAGCUGGUAUGACACCACAGAUGACUCCAUGGAAUACAGGUGCUACACCAGCUUAUGCUAGUGUUUGGUCACCAGGUGUUGGUAGUGGUAUGACACCAGGUGCAGCAGGUUUCUCACCAUCAGCUGCUAGUGAAAGUGGUUACAGUCCUGGUUACAGUCCAGCUUGGUCACCACAACCUGGUUCUCCUGGAUCCCCAUCCAGUCCUUACAUUCCAAGUCCUCAUGGAGGUAUGUCACCAAGCUAUUCACCAACAUCUCCAUCCUAUAUGCCAAGUUCUCCAGCCAUGACACCUCAGAGUCCAGGAUAUUCACCUACCAGCCCGUCCUACUCUCCUUCAAGUCCUGGCUACUCUCCUACAUCUCCCAAAUACAGUCCAACAUCUCCUUCAUAUUCCCCAACAAGUCCUUCUUACAGCCCAACAUCUCCAUCUUACUCGCCAACAAGCCCGUCUUAUUCCCCCACAAGUCCAUCAUAUAGCCCUACUAGUCCAUCUUAUUCUCCAACAUCUCCCUCCUACUCUCCAACAAGUCCUUCAUACAGUCCAACAUCUCCCUCUUAUAGCCCUACCAGUCCUUCCUACUCACCAACUAGUCCAUCUUAUUCCCCCACUAGCCCAUCGUACUCUCCCACUAGCCCUUCUUUCUCUCCUACCAGUCCAAGUUAUUCUCCCAGUUCUCCAAAUUAUACCCCCUCCUCACCAUCUUAUUCUCCUACAAGUCCAAGUUUCAGUCCUACAAGUCCUUCCUACAGUCCUACUAGCCCGUCUUAUAGCCCUAGUUCACCUAGCUACUCACCAUCUAGCCCCAGUUAUAGCCCGAGUAGUCCAAGCUACUCUCCUAGUAGUCCUAAAUAUAGUCCUACUAGUCCCUCAUAUUCCCCUGCCUCUCCAUCUUAUUCUCCCAGCUCUCCACAGUAUACCCCAACCUCCCCCAAAUAUUCUCCAACAAGUCCAUCUUAUUCUCCCAGCAGUCCAAAAUAUUCUCCCACAUCGCCCAGUUAUACACCCACAUCUCCGCAAUACAGCCCAGCAUCACCCGAUUACAGUCCUGGCUCACCUCAAUACAGUCCAAGCUCUCCGCAGUAUUCACCAGCCUCUCCUACCUACUCUCCUUCAAGUCCGCAGUACUCGCCUGCGAGUCCUUCAUAUAGCCCAACUAGUCCUAGAUACACUCCAACCAGUCCUACUUAUACUCCAGGCUCAAAAUAUUCCCCAACCAGUCCAACCUAUACACCAACAACUCCUAAAUAUUCUCCUACUAGUCCAAGUUAUUCCCCUGUUGAUGAUGAUGACAGUGAUAAAGAAUAAAAUCACUAUAACGCUUGUAUAUAGAUGUACAUAAAACAUAUUACAAAAUUGCUGUAUUGUUGUACUUGUAUAAAGUGUUAUUUUUUCUGUAAUAAAACGGUUAUCAAUAUUAAGUCUAUUACAAUGUGACAUAUUGAGCUAUAUUUUUGACUUUCAGAAAUUUUGUCUUGUUCAUAUUUUCAAUAUAUCUUGUUACUGUAAAUUGUAAUGCUGUAAAUAAUUUGUAUAUUGUGUAAAACAUAUUUCAUAUCAGUGCAUGUAAGAUAUUUCAUGAAAAACUAUCCUAUUUUAAAUCAUUUCUAGUGGGAUUAUAAUAAUUAUGUAGCCAUACAGAUUGAACAUUAACAUAUUUGCAUAGACUUUCUGGAUUGAUGUUUCAAAAUUCCAAUGUAUGAUUAAUGAUUAUCUUGAAAUGAGCUACACUAUAGAAAAUAUUUCUUAUAAGGAUAUACAUAGUGUAAAUUAUUCAUUAAAAAAAAAAUGCAUCAAACUACAAUAUUUGAGAAAAAUGUAAUUGUAAACUACACUAGAAAUAAUUCAAAUAAGGUAUAUAAAUAUAUGUUGUAAAUAAUUAAAUAUCAGUUUGCCCGCAAAAUGUAAUAUUUGAGGGAAAAGCCCUGAAAGAUAGAGGUGGUGUUUGUCGGAAUUCUCUUAGACUUUAAUAUAUAUGAUCGCGCAGUACUUAUCAUGGAAGUGGGACAUGUAAAAAAGGCAUUAUUCAAGAGAUAAAUCUGCCUAUUUUAGGUCUAUAUGCCUUAAAUGUUACAUAAAUUAUUAUUUAAACAUUUAUUAACUCACCAAGACCAUAAUCAACUCCUGAUUUUCAACAGAUUUAAAUACGAUUAAUGUUAAUGAUUUAAUUUAAGUAUGGAAUUUGACAACACUACACUGUUUUUCUAACAGCGAUAACUUAGCUCACUCAGAAUGACGGAAUUUUGCUGAAACUGUCAAUAUUUUCCCUUUUCAUUAUCUUCUUUUUUAUCUGUUUAGCGGGAACUGUCGGCUCUUUAUCUAAAUCUUAAAUAAUGCCUCUUUAAUUUAUACUGAUUAAAUCACUAUUACUUUAGGAUUAGUGUUGAUUAAUAACAUCAAUGUAUAGUCAAUAAAUAACAUCAAUGUUUGUAUAAACAAUAAAUAAUUUAUGUAAUCUAAAAUAACCUUCCUGGUGAAAUGGGGAAUCUAAACACAAAAAUAUAAAACGGAUAAAGUUUAUAGUGUAUUUCAUUAUUGUACAUAAUUCAUUAUUUUUAUUAUUGAUAUAUACUAUGUUUGGAAAGAAAUCGUGUGAGUGCUUUCAAAUCAGUGCAUAUAAAACAAGAUAGUGAACUACUAUUAAUUUAUACUAUAAUCCUCAUACUGGUUCUGUUUUUCUAUGUAUGUAUGAAAUAUUUAAUGUAUAUCAUCAAAUAAAGUGUAAAUAACUUAA